AUGCCAUCAAUUCAGGAUCGCCCUACGGCUUUCACGCCAUCUAGGCAGUUGCAAUCGUGGACGCAUGACGACAAGAACAGCCCUUACUCACUGCCAGACCACCGUCGGCCAUCCAUGGUGCAACCAGAAGUUUUGAGGCCGAUGGAGCCUGCCAGUAUGGGAACCGCACCGAGGCCACUUUUGGGCUCUCGUAUAACUGAUCCAAGUCAGCCACGUCAACAGCUUCCCGGCCUCCAGGAGCUGUUGAGUCCUGCUCUAAGGACAGGUCCACCAUCAUAUUCACCUCAUUGGCCUUCUGUCAACAACGCACAACCUGCCAACUGGUCUCAUGGCUCUGGCUCUGUUGCCAGUGCACAACUUCCACCAGCUAAUGGGCAUUCACAAAUGGGAUCACUUCCAUUCAACCCGACUCCCCCGCCCUUUCACCGCCUUUCUCUAGAUGUCUCUCCUGCUGAUCGAUUUGCUCAAACCACAUCCAGCGGUCCCAUUAGUGCUAGACCAUCUUUACCUGGGCCUCUUCCAAGUCAACAACCGCCACCUAUGCUUCGUAAACUCUCGGACUACCAGGGCCCACACGUUCUGGAUCAAGUAUCCCAGUCUGCGCAUAUUGUGGAUAACGCGGGGCCGCCUCAGCCACACGUUGCUUCUCCUUACCACGGAGUCACCGAGGGCGACAUAGCUAGACGCUUGAAUGCAACGCAAGGGAUGCGGGAUGCGCCUCCGGCGAGUAAUUACAGUUUACAGUGUGUCGGCCAAAGGCACAUACCCGGAGAGGGAAUGUGCUACGUCUUCAAGGACGGAAGUACAUGUCCGACGAUUAUUGAUGGAGAGCCGGUGAAUCCGCUUUGGGGAACCACGAAGGCGGGUAAGGCUCGUAAAAGACUUGCCCAAGCAUGCCUAAAUUGUCGUGAAAAGAAAAUCAAGUGUGAGCCAGGUGAAAAGAGUUGCCUCCAGUGCGAAAAGGCCAAGCGCGAAUGCCACAGGUUUGCAUCUCCUAGGUCAGUCGCGGACUGUCUACUAAGAAACGAAAGCAGGCCGAGCGCUCCCCAACAACCGGUAGAGCUUGCGAACCACACAACUUUGACCAUUCCGAAUGUUCCCCUUGGACGAGCUGAUUGGUCCAGUCAGUCGUCCGGCAGCAUUGUCAUGGCUGAUGUGCCGAACCAAAAGCGCAGGCGUUCUGCACAAGCGGCGCAACAAGACGUACUGAAUGGCCCACCUGCCUGGAGUCGUGAGAGAUCUCCCCAAAGUGUCAAGAGACGCAAGUCCGACGUCUCUGCAUCUUCUCAAGAUGGACCUUUCCAACAAGACAGACAACGCAAAGACAGCAAAAGGGUAGACCUCGAGGACAUAAUCACUCAAACACCCCGGCCCGAAAAACUGGACCCUUCAUCAUGGAAUGAAGACCCGUACCUCAAUGACCCCGAGGCGACCAUGCGAUUUCUGGAAUUGUUCUUUGCGCAAUCUGCCCGAGAGGUCAGCAUAAUGUUCCCCCGUGAUGCCUUCACUCGGUGGGUACGACAGUGUCGCGACAAAUGCCAACGGGAAUGUAUGGUACUAUAUUCAGUCCUCGCUCUUGGAUCAAUCUUCGCCGAGAACGAGUUCUCUUCCUUCGCUAAACUUUGUGCAGAGCGAGCUGGUCAGGCUGUUUCAAGAAUUGACGGCAAGUUCAGUCUGGCGGUCGUCCAGGCUCGGCUGCUUGUAGCUGGAUACAAUCAUCUCGUCGGCCAAGACAGCGCUGGUUGGGACUUGAGUGGCUCUGCUCUGAGGGUCUUGAGCGCAAUGCGACUGAACAGCGAAGAGGGGUGCGGAGAAGAUCUAGAUGAAUACAAGCGACGAUACUUCAAUUUCUCUCGUGAACAAGUCAAGGAAUGCAGAAGACGGACUUUCUGGACCGCCUUCCUCGUCGAUCGGUACCAUGGUUUCUGUGGAGGUCUUCUCUGCGCCAUACAGCUCGAAGAUAUUCAAGUCCGACUGCCCUGCAACGAUCAGAUCUACGAGGAUGGAUUCGCAUCCGACGCUCCACUCUUCGAUUGCUUCCAACCAGGUAUGGGUAUACAAUCUCUGGACCCCAAAUUGAGCGUUCCAAGUCCGGCGGCAUAUACAGUGGUAAUUGCCUCUCUCUGGACCGAUGUCACAAAACUUAUCUUCCGCCGGCCCCGCCAGGGUGCAGGUUCAGGAUCGUAUGUCAAGAGUCAUGAAUCAUUACUGGGCGACAUCCAAGCCAAGCUUUUUGACUGGAGAACGACGCUACCGGUUCAUCUGCGAUACAGCCGUCAGAAUCUUGUCGAAGCAAUCCAACACGGCUUUGCAGGUAGUCUUAUUGCAAUGCAUGCACUGUAUCACAUCUCGCAACUGAAGGCAGCACGUAACGCGCAUCAUGAGCUACUUUCGCCCCACACCACGGCACAGCAAAUUCGAUUUGCUCACUCUCAUGCCAUUCAACUGCUGGAAAUGGUUGUUGAUGUACGAAGCACGAAACCACAUGGAUCGGGUAAAGGCCAGGACCCGAUCAACUUGCUUUCUCCUUUCUUUGCCUAUGGAAUCACUGCAGCCAUCGAUACGCUUAGCGCCGGAGGUUUGAAAGAAGAUUUCGGACGCACCAUGAUGCUUAUCAACGACAGCACAGCCACGUUGCAUGAUCUUGCGCAGUUCUGUGCUAGUGCCAAAGUGCAAGCCAAGCAGGCAAGCAGAAGGAUGGCUUUGAUUGAAAUCCGAGCGGCAGAAAGCUUUGGGACGGCAGCGGUGGUAGCGGCACCCCGAGUGACAAACGGAAGAGACAACAACGACUGCUGGAGAAUCAACGAACCAAUGGAGAAGGUAUUCACUCUGCAGCAAGAUGUGUGCUAUGGCACAUCCCCUGCGAUCUACUUCACGGCAAUAAGAGGAGGCCGUUGA